AUGCCUCUCCAGACCGCCCUCGGCUCGGUGCCCCCCCCAGUGCAACUCUACCAAACCGCCCUCCCUGGUUGCUCAUUCUCCAUCGCCAGCACGCAAGCGGUGACGUAUCGUAGCAAGAAUCACCCGAACCCGCCGCCCCUCCCUCCGUCGUCACUCCAGUCGACAAUCCCAGCACAGAUACGGGCGGAAAGGCAAGAGGUACCCGGAGUGAAGAGAUUGACGGCGCAAAGCAAUAUCCAAUCUAGCGAGACACAACCGGACUGCAGCAUCACCAACAGCUAA